UACAGGGAAUUUCUCGCUGUAGGUACUUCUGCCUGAGAGAAUUUACAUACAGAACCACGUGGUACUGCCGGGCAUCCACAUCCAGUGUCCUGAGAGGGGGAGGUUCGGUCUCGUAUGUAGUUCUGUCAGAGCGAGUGUGCAUGUUAUCGACCUCCGAUUUAACGCCACUUCAUUUCUAUUGCUGUGUUUCCCGGUUUUAUCGGUGAAAUGGAGUCCUACUUAGACCUGAAGCUGGGCAAGAAAUUAAAUGAAGGGAAAACGAAAGAGGUGUAUGAAUUGCCCGAGCACUAUGGCUGCGUGCUGAUGAAGUCCAAAGACCAGAUUACUGCCGGCGACGCAGUACGGAAAGAUCACAUGGAAGGAAAAGCCUCCAUUUCCAACAAGACAACUAGCUGCGUCUUCAAACUGCUGCAGGAGGCUGGGAUCAAAACUGCGUUUGUCCGAAAGUGCGGCGACACGGCUUUCAUUGCUACCCACUGCGAGAUGAUACCCAUUGAGUGGGUGUGCCGAAGAAUCGCCACUGGCUCAUUCUUGAAGAGAAAUCCGGGUGUUAAGGAAGGCUACAAAUUCCUCCCCCCUAAAGUGGAGACCUUUUUUAAGGAUGAUGCCAACCAUGAUCCUCAGUGGUCUGAGGAACAACUGAUCUCUGCAAAACUCAGCUGUGGAGGGCUUGUGAUUGGUCAGGCUGAAGUGGAUAUCAUGACUCAUUCCACAGCGGCCAUCUUUGAGAUUCUAGAGAAAGCUUGGAUGAGCCAGGAGUGCACACUAGUAGACAUGAAGAUUGAGUUUGGUGUGGAUGUUACAAAGAAGGAGAUUGUCCUCGCUGAUGUUAUUGAUAAUGACUCUUGGCGUCUGUGGCCGGCUGGUGACAAGUCCCAACAGAAAGAUAAGCAAACAUAUCGGGACCUAAAGGAGGUAACGGCUGAAGCUCUGCAGAUGGUGAAGAGAAAUUUUGAGUGGGUGGCAGACAGAGUAGAGCUGCUGCUGACUUCCAAAAGCCAGGGUAGGGUGGUGGUGCUGAUGGGAUCCAUUUCUGAUCUGGCACACUGUGAGAAGAUUAAGAAAUCCUGUGCAAACUAUGGCCUUCCCUGUGAGCUGAGAGUGACUUCUGCACACAAAGGCCCCGAUGAAACCCUGCGGAUCAAGUCAGAGUAUGAAGGUGAUGGCAUGGCUACAGUGUUUAUAGCAGUGGCCGGCAGAAGCAAUGGUUUGGGACCGGUCAUGUCUGGAAACUCUGCUUAUCCCGUAAUUAACUGCCCUCCUCUCACUGCAGACUGGGCUGCACAGGAUGUCUGGUCUUCCCUCCGAAUGCCCAGUGGGCUUGGAUGUUCCACCGUUCUCUCGCCAGAAGCUGCAGCUCAGUUUGCUGCUCAAAUCUUCGGCUUAAACAACCACCUAGUGUGGUCCAAGUUACGCUCCUGCACUCUUAACACCUGGAUAUCUCUCAAGCAAGCCGACAUGAAGCUGAGGGAGUGCAGCAUCUGAGCUCUCAUUUAACAUUCCAAUAAAGCACUGAGUUCUCUUUCA